CUUUUAAUUAACGAACUUACCCAUCAUAAAUCAUCAACGUUUGGGCCAUUUUCCCCAUUGAUGGCUGCUGAACCCUAAUCUUUGAACCAGAUCGUAUUGACUUUUUUGUUGGGGAACAAGAAAAUGGAGAGAGUUCAUGAAGAGCCAGAUGAAGCUAAAUCUGAGAUUGAGAAGCUCAAGGCAGAAUACAAAUUAAAGGCAGAGCUGGCUGAAAACUUGAAGAGAGCCCAUAAUGAGCAACUCAUCAAAGUCCAAGAGGCGAGUCUGAAGCUUGAGAAGCAAACUCAAGAACUAAAUGAGAAGGCAGAUGAAAUCUCUAUUACAAAGCAAAUGUAUGAAGAUCUCAAGAGUAGUAUGAAAGAAAAGGAGGCUAUCAUCAAGCAUCUCAGUUCUGCAAAUGAUAAGCUUCGUUUCGAACACGGUGAGAAGCUUCAGAAAUGUAAAGAGGAAAAUAGGGAGAUGGCUUUCUCAUUAGACGAGGCAAAUGCGAAAAAUGUGGAUCAAGAGAAAAAAAUUCACACACUUGUGGAUGAAAUUGAAGGCCUUAAGGAACUUAUAUCUGUUUCGGAGAAGAAGCAUUCAGAAGCGGCGAAAAAGGCUAAAGCAAACCAAGAAUUGAGACAUAGAGAUGAUAUGCUACUCAAAUUAGAGGAGGAAAAAGGAAAGGCUGAGGACCAGCUCAAAUGGAAGAGAGAACAGUUUAAACAUCUAGAAGAGGCCCAUGAAAAACUUCGAGAUCAUUUCCGAUCAAGUGAGAAAGAGUGGGUGAGGGAGAAAUCUAUGUUGCUUGAUGAGAUCUCUAAGCUGCAGACUGAUUUUGAUUCCCUAACUAGAGUUUCAGAAGGUCUUCAAAGCCGUUUACAGAUGUGCAAUCAAGCUCUAGCUCAUGAAGAGAGCCGGAGGAAGUAUCUGGAAGUUCAACUUUCUGAAUCCAAAAGAUGCUUUGACAAUGUUUUUGAUGAGUUUGAGGAUGCAAAAUCAAAAAUUGAGUGCUUGACAGGUCAAAGGGAUAAAGAAAUUGCCUCUUUGAGGGGCUCGUUGGGCAGAAAGGAGACACUUUACAAAGAAAUGGAAUACCAAGUUUGCAAGCUGGAGCAAGAGAAUCAAGAAUUGUUAUCACACCUCAGAGAACUCCAGAAAGCCCAGAUUCAAGAAGCAGGAACUUCUUCUUCACUUUCAAAGCUUCGGAACAAGCUUAAAGUUCUGGAGCAGGGACACAGAGACUGUUCCAGAACCCUUAAGGCCAAAGAAACUGAAUGGAGUUCUCAAUUUGAAAAACUGAUGAGGGACAUUAAUUGCUGCAGGUCCAAGUUAGAGGAUAAAGAUGUCUGUAUUGAGGAACUCCAAAUGGAGUUGAAAGAUUGUCAUUCUGUAAUAGUUGAGUUAACAUUGCAGCAGGAGUCAUCUUCUGUGAUGUUACUGGUGUUGAAGUCAGGGUUCCUGGAAGCCCAAUUGAACCUUGCUAAUGAAAUGGCUGACAUGGAUCUGAAAAACAAAGAGAGAGAAGAGAACGUUUCUCUUCUAAUGAAGCAGUUGGAAAAGAAUAAGGUGGCUCUACUAAAAGCCCAAACAGAUACUGAAGAAGCACGUGAGAAGGUGGCAUCACUCUCAGAGAAGGUUGAGUCGUUGGAGUGCCAAUUGAAGCUUACUGAUGAGAUGGUUGCCAUGGAUCUCAAAAACACAGAGAGAGAAGAGAAUAUUUCUCUUCUACAGAAACAGUUGGAGGAGAAGAAGGCGGCUCUCUUUAAAGCCCAAAGCGAUAUUGAAGAGGAACGUGAGAAGGUGGCAUCACUCUUGGUGAAGGUUGAGUCCUUGGAAGAACAGCAACUUUUACUGCAGAACGAUCUUGAUAGGCAUAAGGAAAUGCUCAAGGAAUCAUCUGACUGCCAACUUCAUCUAAAGAAGGAAGUGUUGCAGAUGAAAAGUGAUUUGAAACAGGUCCGGGAUGAGCUGAAUAGAGCAAAUGAUGAACUGGCCGAGAAAGUUUGUGAAGGGCAUGAAGUAGAAUUUGAAUUGCAGAUAUGGAAAUCCAUAGCGGAACGGUUGAAAGCUAACCUUGAAGAAAACCAUCAAAUGCGUAGAGAAAUAGAAGCUUCUCUCCUAGCAGAAGUGGAGGGUGAAUUUAUUCUCAAGCAAGAGAAAGAAAGAAUUAUCCAUGUAUUAGGAGAAAAAGACAGAAGCAUAGAUGACCUUGAGCAACAGCUUCUGUUACUGAAGCAGGAGAAGGAAAGAAUUAUCCAUGUACUAGAAAAGAAAGAAAGAAGAAUAGAUGAUCUUGAGCAACAGCUUGUGCUCCUGAAACAGGAAAUCAAGAGCAGGGAAACAAAGGCUGCUGCCAUGGCCUAUGAUUCAGUGAAAGACUGCUUUGUUCAAAGUGCAAAAGAGAAGGACAAGAUUGCAGACGAUCUUCACAAAGAGCUAGAUUUGUUCGAGCAGGAGUGGGUAAGAAGGGAACUAGAGGACGCAAUAUUUGCACAAAUUGAUGCAGAGAGAACCCAUGAGCAAGAGAAAGAGAGUCUUCACCAGCUUGUAGUAGAGAAGGACCAGAGAAUAGAAGAUCUCCAGCAUCUUGUGCAGUCACUGGAACAAGAGUUUGAAAAUUCGACUACCUCCUUCUCAUCACGACUGUCAGAGAUGCAGAUGGAGAUUAAUUUGCUCCGCAAGGUCUGGGAGAGAAUCACUGCAGCUGAGGUGCUGAAAGAGUUUGAAAUCCAAGAGAAUAUUUUGAUGAUUGCAGAAUUUGAAAAUGAAUUGAGUGGUUUACAGCAGAAAGUGGAGAUGCAGGAGAAAACUCUGUACAAUUCAAAGGCGAAAACAGUUGUGAUAGAAAGAGAACUGGAAGCAAAACAGAUGGAAAUAAAGAAAUUGACAAAUCAAAUUGACAAACAGUUGAGAGGUUCAGAAUCCGUAAUCAAGAAGCUCAAUGAUGAAAAAAGGAAGCUGCUUGAAGAAGUCAUGACGUUAUCAUCAGAUAGAGAAACGUUGUUGGGUACUAUAGAGGGGCUAUAUGGUGGGAUCAGUUCGUGCUGUAGUGAAGAUAUGCAGCUGAUGAGAGUCUUGGGAAAGAUAGUUCAUACUUUUGACAACAAUGAGAUGGGAGUAGACAUGAAAGGGCAUGAAGAAGAAAUAUUUGAUCCUGUAAAAGAGAACACAAAUAGUUACCCCUCUAACACAACAAAGAAAGUCGAUGCCAUUGUUGAUGAAAGAUCACCACUUAGNGCUUCUCUCCUAGCAGAAGUGGAGGGUGAAUUUAUUCUCAAGCAAGAGAAAGAAAGAAUUAUCCAUGUAUUAGGAGAAAAAGACAGAAGCAUAGAUGACCUUGAGCAACAGCUUCUGUUACUGAAGCAGGAGAAGGAAAGAAUUAUCCAUGUACUAGAAAAGAAAGAAAGAAGAAUAGAUGAUCUUGAGCAACAGCUUGUGCUCCUGAAACAGGAAAUCAAGAGCAGGGAAACAAAGGCUGCUGCCAUGGCCUAUGAUUCAGUGAAAGACUGCUUUGUUCAAAGUGCAAAAGAGAAGGACAAGAUUGCAGACGAUCUUCACAAAGAGCUAGAUUUGUUCGAGCAGGAGUGGGUAAGAAGGGAACUAGAGGACGCAAUAUUUGCACAAAUUGAUGCAGAGAGAACCCAUGAGCAAGAGAAAGAGAGUCUUCACCAGCUUGUAGUAGAGAAGGACCAGAGAAUAGAAGAUCUCCAGCAUCUUGUGCAGUCACUGGAACAAGAGUUUGAAAAUUCGACUACCUCCUUCUCAUCACGACUGUCAGAGAUGCAGAUGGAGAUUAAUUUGCUCCGCAAGGUCUGGGAGAGAAUCACUGCAGCUGAGGUGCUGAAAGAGUUUGAAAUCCAAGAGAAUAUUUUGAUGAUUGCAGAAUUUGAAAAUGAAUUGAGUGGUUUACAGCAGAAAGUGGAGAUGCAGGAGAAAACUCUGUACAAUUCAAAGGCGAAAACAGUUGUGAUAGAAAGAGAACUGGAAGCAAAACAGAUGGAAAUAAAGAAAUUGACAAAUCAAAUUGACAAACAGUUGAGAGGUUCAGAAUCCGUAAUCAAGAAGCUCAAUGAUGAAAAAAGGAAGCUGCUUGAAGAAGUCAUGACGUUAUCAUCAGAUAGAGAAACGUUGUUGGGUACUAUAGAGGGGCUAUAUGGUGGGAUCAGUUCGUGCUGUAGUGAAGAUAUGCAGCUGAUGAGAGUCUUGGGAAAGAUAGUUCAUACUUUUGACAACAAUGAGAUGGGAGUAGACAUGAAAGGGCAUGAAGAAGAAAUAUUUGAUCCUGUAAAAGAGAACACAAAUAGUUACCCCUCUAACACAACAAAGAAAGUCGAUGCCAUUGUUGAUGAAAGAUCACCACUUAGAGCUCUCAACAAUUAGGUACAACUGGUCAAAGUAAUUUUUUUAUCUUUUUUUUUUUGGUUGUGUUUGGAAGCAAUAUAUAUUGCAAUUUGAAGCAUAACUUUAUUUGUAUCCUGUAUAUCAUCAGUAUAUGGCUGAUUAACCUUUGUAUGAGUAUUCUGCAUCUGCCAAUAACACAAUCAUGAUUCAUAUUUUGC